GACUGUGACAGGGGUGGACAUCGUGUUAGAAAUUGAAUAGGAGGUAUGAGAGGCUAUAGGUAGACGGCUGGUAUCAAUGAUUGAGGGUCUAUAUCAUUUCAAGGGCAUGGAGCUAUAAUGGCUAGGUGCAUGGCUGGUGGUCUCUCCAGUUACUUGUUUUCUCUUUUGAACAAAAAAAAAAAAACUAAAAAUUUGUUUCAUGAAAUAAGUACGUUUGAUUGUUUCCCUGGUUCGCAAAAUGGCUAUUUUAAGAGGAAAAAAAAAAGUUGUUUUCUUUAUGUUUUGAACGUUUAGAAAACUUAAAAAAAAAAAAAGGCAUCAGGUAUCAUUUGUUCUUGGUGUUGUUCUUCGCCUUCUCACUUUUUUCUACCUGUGGUUUCUCCUCUAGCACAGUGAAAGGCGUCUCCAACCGCACAAAACGAAGCCCAAAGAAUGGGCUGUAGCAGGGAUAUAGGACGGCUGAUGGGUGCUGUGUUCAGUGUCUUGGGCAGCUAAAAAGUUGUGGUUGUGACAGGGGUAGGGAUGGCUGAAGGCUGCGUUGUCAGUAGGUUUUGGGUUGGUAUGAGAGGCUAUAGGUAGACGGCUGGAUUGAAUGAUUGAGGGCCUAUAUCAUUUCAAGGGCAUGGGGCUAUGAUGGCUAGAAAACAAAAAAAGAGCAUAAGAGAACAGCUGAUCCUCGUGUUUUUCUUCUCCUCUGGCACAGUGAAGGCGUGUCCAACAGCACGAAACGAAGUUCCUCAGUCAGUCACCAUCAGUUUUCCCAAGCAAGCUAAAAGGGAGAGGCAAAAGCAGUCUGCCGUAGCUGAAAUGACAGACAUUGUUAUUAGCAUUGCUGCAAAAGUUGGAGAGUACUUGGUGUCUCCAAUUGAACGCCAGCUAAGAUAUCUGUUUUGCUAUCGGAGCUAUACGGAUGAUCUCAACAACAAGGUUCAGGAGUUGGGGCAUGUGAGGGAUGACAUUCAGAGAACUGUUGAUGCCGAAACGAACCGAGCGGGGUAUGAAAUCAGACCUAUUGUUCAAGAUUGGCUGAAUCGGGUAGCUGGAAUUACAGGGGAGGCAGAGGAAUUGAUGAACGAUGAAAACAGGAGCUGUUUCAAUGGGUGGUGUCCUAAUUUCAAGUCUAGGUACCUGCUAGGCAGGAAAGCAGAAGAGAAGGCGCAGGAAAUUGUUCAAAUCAAAAUCGAAGGCAAUUUCCCUCACGGAGUAUCAGAUCUUGUCCCUAUCCGGAACUUAACCUUUAAAAAUUAUGAACCUUUUGAUUCGAGAGCAUCGAUUUUGAAAAAAAUAAUGGAUGCAAUCGGAGAUGAUGAGAUCAAGAUGGUUGGAGUAAGGGGGAUGGGCGGUGUGGGCAAAACCACACUGGUUAAACAAGUAGCCGAACAAGCUAAGCAAAGGAAUCUGUUCACAACAGAAGUCUACAUAGAUGUAUCCUGGACUCGAGACCUGGAAAAACCUCAACAAGGAAUUGCUAAAAUUCAACAAAAAAUUGCAGAGAUGUUAGGCUUGAAAUUUAUGAGGGAGGAUGAGUCCACAAGAGCAGUUGAACUGAAUCACAGACUGAAGAAGGAGAAGAUACUAAUUAUAUUAGAUGAUAUUUGGAAGGAGAUUGAUCUGGAGGAAGUUGGAAUUCCUUGUAAAGAUGAUCCGACAGAAUGCAAAGUAGUGUUGACGUCUAGAGAUCUACAGCUAAUAAGACAAUACAUGGACGAAGAAACAUGUUUCCUAAUUCAACAAUUACCUCCGGAAGAAGCUUGGAGUUUAUUUAACAAGACAUCAGGUGGUUCCCUGGAGAAGAAUCUGGAGCUGGGACCUAUAGCCACCGAUGUAGUUGAAGAAUGCGAGGGUCUACCAAUUGCAAUUGUAACAAUUGCAAAGGCACUAAAAGGUAAGAACGUGGCUGUAUGGAAGAAUGCCUUGAAUGAAUUGAGUACAUCUGCACCAAAAAACAUCCAAGGAGUGGAGAAAAAGGUAUACUCAUGUCUAGAGCUGAGCUACAACCAUUUGGAAAGUGAUGAAGUCAAGUCAUUGUUCUUAUUGUGUGGUUUGCUAGGCAAUGGCAAUGUUUCAUUGGAUGACUUGUUGAAAUAUGGCAUGGGUUUGGAUUUGUUUGAUAACAUUGAUUCAUUGGAGCAAGCAAGAGAUAGAGUAGUUGCCCUAGUGAAAAUCCUCAAAGACUCAAGCCUGUUGCUUGACCCAUUUGAAGAUGGGCACUACUCAUUUGAAGAUGAUAGGAGUUUGUUUUUUGCGGAGGAAGAUAACGGGUUUGUCAGAAUGCAUGAUGUGGUUCGUGAUGUUUGCAAAGCAAUUGGAUCGAAAGAUCAUGGAUUUGUGGUGAAAGAAGCUGUUGGAUUACAGGGAUGGCAACAGAGGGUUCAUGAGUUGGGAAAUUGUACUCGUAUCUCUUUGAACUGCAGAGAUAUCCGUGUGCUUCCAGGAGGAUUGGUAUGUCCCAAACUUCAAUUCUUCUUGGUGAAUAGUGACCAGCAUCUUUUGAAAAUCCCAGAUGCUUUUUUCAAAGAGAUGAAAGAACUUUUGAAAAUCCCAGAUGCUUCUUUCAAAGAGAUGAAAGAACUCAGAGUUUUGAGGUUGUUGGGAAUUUGGGAUCCACUAAAGUCUUCAUCACUUCACCUUCUCUCAAAUCUCCGAACAUUGUGUCUACAUAGAUGUUGGAUUUCGGGAGGCAUAGAAAUACUUGGAGAACUGAAGAAACUACAAAUUCUUAGUUUUGUAGGUUGUAACUAUAUAGUGCUUCCCAAAGAAAUGAGUCAAUUGACUGAUCUAAGGAUGUUGACUUUCCGCGGCACAGAAAUUCUUGAUCCAGAAAAUGUGAUAUCAAGUCUAUCUCAGUUACAGCAUCUCUGUAUUAGAUCGAGGAGAGUCGAUAAUGAUUUUUUCCGUUGUGAGUUGAAACACUUGUCUUGUUUGAGGGCUUUGGAAUUAAGAAUGCCAUUUUCAAGUUUGCUUCUGGAUGAUGUAUCCCUUAAGAACCUCACUAGAUAUGAUAUAUCUAUAGGCCCUAAAUCUCCUUCCAUUGUCUAUGAUGGUAGAAGGAGGACCUCACGCAGGACCUCACGCAGGUUGAUACUCAAUGUGGUCGAUGCCCAACAUCUGGUGAGGUGCUUCUCCAGGCUGUUAAAGACAGUUGAAGUUCUAAGUUUGAAGGACUUGAAUGAUACAAAACAUUUUUUUAAUGAGUUAGACUGCGACGGUUUUCCUAAACUCAAGUAUCUGUCUAUCUCUCUGAGUGGUGCGAUGCAAGACAUCAUCAAUACAAUGGACGAUGAAUGGGUCGACCCACCACAUAGUGCCUUUCCUCGCUUGGAGGACUUACGGCUUAGAGAUCUCGAGCAAUUGCAAGCAGUAUGGCGUGGCCCAAUUCGGAUUAGUUGGUUUACCAAGUUGAGAGUUCUGUUCAUAAGGUUAUGUAGGAGCUUGAAAUAUAUCAUAUGGCUUCCUACAACACAAGCAAGGGAAUCAGUACUAGUGUUUCCUCAACUGGGAACCUUGCGACUGGAAGGUAUGCCAAAUCUCAUUAACUUCUACUCCACGGGAGCCAGUGGCAGCCAGGAGCCAUGCAGCUCUUUUUUCAAUCAGGUUGCACUCCCCAGGUUGGAGUCCUUACAUUUGAAGUUAAGUUUGGAUAAUGUCAGAACAAUGUGGGACAGCCAAGAUUCUGUAGAUUGCUUUCAAAAUCUAAAUUCAUUGAGAAUAAGUGGUUUGACUUCCUUGAAAUAUCUUUUUCCAGCUUCAGUUGUGAAGGGUCUUACGCAACUUAAGGACCUAAGCAUAAGCUUUUGUGGAGUGGAGGAAAUUGUUGCAAAUGAAAAUGGAGUUGAACCAGUGCCUAUGUUUGAAUUUCCUAGUCUAACCUCUCUCCAGCUUUGGGGCUUAGGCCAGCUCAAAAGGUUCUAUCGGGAGAAGUAUACUUUGAGUUGUCCACUCUUGGAAAAUUUGGAUGUAGUGGAUUGCGAUAAAGUGGAGCUACUAUUUCAAGAAAAAUGUCUUGAAGAGGAACUUGAUGAACAACCACUUUUCUUGAUUGAAAAGGUUGCACUCCCCAGGUUGGAGUCCUUACAUUUGAAGUUAAGUUUGGAUAAUGUCAGAACAAUGUGGGACAGCCAAGAUCCUGUAGGUUGCUUUCAAAAUCUAAAUUCAUUGAGAAUAAGUGGUUUGACUUCCUUGAAAUAUCUUUUUCCAGCUUCAGUUGUGAAGGGUCUUAAGCAACUUAAGGACCUAAGCAUAAGCUUUUGUGGAGUGGAGGAAAUUGUUGCAAAUGAAAAUGGAGUUGAAGCAGUGCCUAUGUUUGAAUUCCCUAGUCUAACCUCUCUCGAGCUUUUCGGCUUAGGCCAGCUCAAAAGGUUCUAUCGGGAGAAGUAUACUUUGAGUUGUCCACUCUUGAAAAAAUUGUAUGUAGGGCGUUGUGAUAAAGUGGAGCUACUAUUUCAAGAAAAAUGUCUUGAAGGGGAACUUGAUGAACAACCACUUUUCUUGAUCGAAAAGAGCAUAUUUCCUAAUGUGGAGGAAUUGAUGUUGAGUUUUACGGGCCCCAUGGAGAUAUGGCGGGGCCAAUUUUCAAGGGAUUCAUUUGGCAAACUAAGAGUUUUGGAGAUAAAAAUGUGUGAAGGGAUUCCAGUUGCAAUCCCCUGCAGUAAGCUACCAGUAUUACAGAAUCUGGAGCAACUCAACGUGCAAGAUUGUGAUUCAGUGGAAGAGGUAAUCCAAGAGGAAGGACUUGCGGGUGAGACAAUUCCACGGUUAACUAAAAUAUGCUUAGUCAGACUACCUAGUCUUAUGCAUCUAUCUGGGUUACAGCCAAUUCUUCAAAAUCUUCAUUCUCUAAAAGUAGAUUUCUGUGGAAAUUUGAUGAAUUUAGUAUCACCCUCAAUGGCUAAAAGACUAGUGCAACUCAAAGUGCUUUAUAUAACAUACUGCUCCGUGAUGAAAGAAAUAGUAGGAGCUGAUGUGAGUGAAGCAACAGAUGAUAUUAGUUUCACCAAUUUAGAGGAGCUAGAACUUGGGAAUUUAGUUGUUCUGGAAAGCUUCUCCUCAGCAAGUAAUACCUUCAAAUUCCCAUCCUUGGAAAAAGUAGAGAUCAAGCAACUACCAAUGCUUACACAUCUAUACAAGAUAAUCCCUGGCUUAGGUCAGAAUCUUCAAAAGCUUCGUUUUCUAGAAGUGUCGGGCUGUGGGAACUUGGAAAUUUUGUUAACACCGGCAAUGGCUAAGGCACUGGAGCAACUUGUAAUGCUUUCUGUGAGGGACUGUGAAACGUUGAAAGAAAUAGUUGAAAAUGGAGGUGAAGCAACGGAUGAUGAGAUUGUUAACACGAAAUUGCAAGAGCUAGAACUUCAUAAUUUACCAAUUCUUAAAAGCUUUUGCUCAGCAAGUUACACCUUCAGAUUCCCAUCCUUGUUAGAGAUGGGGAUGUUCGGAUGCCCUAAGAUGGAAUUUUUUUGCAUGGGAGACUUAAUCACACCAAGGUUAGAGGAAGUAUAUAUGAAUGGUCUAUUGCUAGAUUUGGAGAAUGACCUGAAUGCUGCCAUUCAGAAGGUAUUUAUGGAGACGGUUGAGGAUUCUCAGGAAGAAGAUGCUGAGGAAGGGGAUUCUGAAGAGCAGCAUCCCAAGGUAGAGUCUUCUGUGGAAGAAGACACGGAGGGAGAGAAUUCUGAAGGAGGAGGAAGUGGAUCCCAUGAGGAAGACUAAGUUCAACUUUUCAUAUGCAAAACGAAGAAAGGGUUUUCGUUGUGCAUUCUAUAUAUAUGUAUGCAGAACUGGGCUUCAUUUGAGGACAUGUAUUGAUACCAUCCCAGUCAGAGAGAUGCUGCCAAUGAAUUUUUCCUCAGUCUCUUUGGUAUGUUUUGCUUUAUGAUGCCAUAUCUGUAUUUUGCUAAUGCUCCCUGGCACUUAAGAGACCAUUCAACCGCUUGUGGUUCAAAAUAUGUGUGAUUAAGCUUUUUUGGACAUUUGACUUUAUUUGCAUUAUUCUUGUGUACGGGUAUUAAUAUUAUAUAACCAAGCUUGUUAGGACCUUUCAUAUUCAUUCGAAUUCAAAAAUAGUUUUUUGAGUAAA